UUUAUUUCCGCCAAUCAGAGCCGAGUUUGUGAUUAACUGCCGAACAGCUAACAAUGUCAGCCACCGUAUAACACAUGUUGGACCCAAGCAGUUUGAAUAAGGUUUCUACAGAGAAAACAUCAUGAAUAAUUUCACCAGGGGACCUUUACAGUUAAUAAGGAGGAGUCGAUCGUUUCUAGCCCCCGGUAAGAAGGCACUGCACCAUUCCGUCCGUGGCCCAACAGACUUUACAAGCAAAGUUAUUCAACCUGUGAACUUUGUCAAAGAACAUUUAUUUAAAUUUGGUUGGAUUAACAAGAAUUUUAGAUCAGCUUUUCACCACCGAACGAAUGUAUGGGCGGCGGCGGCGAGGACCAAACCCGUGUCCCCACUCACAAGUAAAAUGACUCCACGAAAGAAAAACGUCGAAGUUGUUGACGUCGAUAAACUGGAUGUUGUGGCUUAUGCGAUAUCAGAGGAUAUCAGACUGGAGGAAUUGUCGAAGGCAUUCGUGAAACAAGCUCUGUAUGAAGUGGUGGCUUUACCAACAGAUGUGACCGAUGGCCUUCAUUUGAAAGCUGUUUACAAGAUUGACAACAAAGAACGUGAGAUCUUCCUCUUCCGUGAAGGUGCCAUUGUCUUUUGGAAUAUGUCUGUGACCGAAAGGAAUGAAGUUCUACAUUCCAUCGAGAAAUACUCGGCUUCUCCUUACGCUUCGUCUUUGUAUUUGACCGAGAACGAAUGCCUGAAAUAUGAUUACAGUGCCGACCGUAAGACUUGUCUUGAGAAAGAUGUGAUUCAUAUCAACGUCGCCGAUCAGUUCGAUUCCCUCGUGAAAUAUGCUUUUUCGAAUGCCCUCUCGCUGUCCGUCAAGUUAGCCAUUUGGGAAGAGUCUUUGGUUCGAUUCGUCGAUACUAUCGAGCCAGUCAUCGAAGAUGUUCGCCUGGGUAAACGAAUCCGUGUGUCCCGGGACCAGAUUCUCCGAAUGACCGGGGAACUGUUCACAUUAAGACAUUUAAUUAAUUUGAGUUCAGACUUGUUGGACACCCCCGACUUUUAUUGGGACCGCGAGAAUCUGGAGCCCCUCUAUCAGAAGAUGGCUAACUAUCUUAGCAUCAACCGUCGAACCAAAGUCAUUAACGAAAAACUCAAACAUUGCUGCGAGUUGACCGAACUCUUGUCCAGUCACCUCAACGACAAACACCACACUCGUCUUGAAUGGAUGAUUAUAAUUCUCAUCUUAGUUGAGGUGAUAUUCGAAUGCAUUCAUUACGUGGAGAAGUAUUACAGCCUCUGAAUCUUCUGCAAUGAUCAGUUGUGGAUUAAAAUAUUUCACCAAACCAUUUGUAUUUAAUCCCUCUCACAGAGUUUUGCAAAAUAGAUAUCUACUUUUAUUUUGAGCAAACCACACACACACACACGACAAAAUAUUCAGUGAUUUUUUUUUUUUCUUUUAACCCAUUUCUCAUUUCCAUUUUUAAAAACCUAUUUUUCAUUCCCAUUUCAAAUAUUUCCUGUUUUUUUUCUUGUCUUUCUUCCUCUUCUACUGCAACCUUAAGUCUUUCAUUAAUCGAUCGUGUGUUUCUGUUCAUCAAUUCUGGCCAGAGACCCUUUAGCCUCGCAUUCUGCUCUGACGUAUCCUUUAUUUGUAGCAUUAGUGUGUGAUCUAAGGGAGCUACAGCUGCUUUAAUAUAACGCAUUGUUGGUUCGUCCUGAAAUUGACUGAUAUUCCCCCUCCCACCACUUUUUUUGUUAUAGAGAUUACGAACACGUUGAAAAACAGUUCUAACCCAGGUAACAUUUAAAUGUCCUCGUGGGACCACAAGUUCUGUGAAAACUUUCUCGUUUUGGUAUAUUUUAUUAAAUGCAUCUGUAGACAACAUAUCAAAACAUUAAAAAAAUUUUGUUAAUAUUCUAUGUAUACAAUAAACAUUUUGUAUAUA